CUCCUCCCCUCCAAGAGGCCAGUCUCUGCUCCCCCUUCUACCCCUGGCCAGUGGGAAAGGGUGCUCCUCAUGCCCUGUUUAGGGCUGACAUUGGGCCAGGUGACAGGACACCUGGGCAUGAUUGGGCAGCUAUGGGGGAGCCAUGGGCAGAGCACCUGAGGUCUGCAGUCAGUAGCCCAGUCGGGUGCUGCCUCCUGGGAAGGGGCCCAGGCUUGGGGGUAAUGGCGUCACUGAUGUGGGUCCCUGGCCCCACUGUGGGAUGUCCAGGGUUGUGCCUAUUGGACCGCCCACAUCACCGUCCCACCCUACUGAGCCUCCUCCCUCAGCCAUUGUCCAGCUUCGUGUCAAGUCCUGGCGUGGGGCUCACCGCCUGCCCCUUGACCGUGGAGUUCAGAUGCAUCUCACAGUGAGUGCCCCAGCGGGGCAGGUUUGGGGGCUGAGCAUCAGGGGCUCUGCCAGAGCAGGUGGCAAUUCCAUGGAACCUAGGGUCUUGCCUUUGUUUGGAGACUGAGAGACUCACAGUGUGGGAGGGUCACAGGACAUGUCAUCAGCAGUGAAAAGGUUUUGUUCCGUUUCCUGCCUCCAGAACUUGCACGUGCUGGAAUCCAAGGAUGGGUGGGAGAGGGGCCGUUCCUGGAGAUGUCUGCCCUCCGGGACUGGCCCAUGCUGCAGGACCUCCCGUCACCCCUGCUCUUGGUUGGUGAAUUCGGGGCAUGCUGAGCCUUUCCCCUGCGACCUUUGCACUUGGUACUCUUCCCUCCGCUUAUCAAACUCCUAACCAUCCCUCGAAGUCCAUGGGCACCAGAAGUACCGCCUCAGACACUCACAGACUCAGAUGUACAGGUGUCCCUCAGUAUCCAUGCGGGAUUGAUUCCAGGACCCCUGCAGAUGCUCAAGUCCCUGCUAUAAAAUAGUGUAGUGUCGGCCGGGCGCAGUGGCUCAUGCCUCUAAUCCCAGCACUUUGGGAGGCCGAGGCGGGUGGAUCACGAGGUCAGGAGAUCGAGACCACGGUGAAACCCCGUCUCUACUAAAAAUACAAAAAAUUAGCUGGGCAUGGUGGCGGGCGCCUGUAGUCCCAGCUACUCAGAGAGGCUGAGGCAGGAGAAUGGCGUGAACCCGGGAGGCGGAGCUUGCAGUGAGCCGAGAUCGCGCCACUGCACUCCAGCCUGGGUGACAGAGCAAGACUCCGUCUCAAAAAAAAAAAAAAAAAAAAAAAUAGUGUAGUGUUUGGCCAGGUAUGGUGGCUCACACCUGUAAUCCCAGCACUUUGGGAGGCCAAGGCGGGUGGAUCACCUGAGGUCAGGAGUUUGAGACCAGCCUGGCCAACGUGGUGAAACCCCAUCUCUACUAAAAAUACAAAAAUUAACUGGGCGUGGUGGCGGGAACCUGUAAUCCCAGCUACUCAGUAGGCUGAGGGAGGUGAAUUACUUGAACCCAGGAAGCAGAGGUUGCAGUAAGCCAAGAUUGCGCCACCGUACUCCAGCCUGGGCGACAGAGCAAGACUCGGUCUCAAAAAAAAAAAAAAAAAAAAGGCGGGGGGCCGGGCGCAGUGGCUCACACCUGUAAUCCCAACAGUUUGGGAGGCCGAGGCGGGGGGAUCACGAGGUCAGGAGUUUGAAACCAGCCUGGCCAACAUGGGGAAACCCCGUCUCUACUAAAAAUACAAAAAAUUAGCCAGGCAUGGUUGUGCGCCUGUAAUCCCAGCUACUUGGGAGGCUAAGGCAGGAGAAUCGCUUGAACCCAGGAGGUGGAGGUUGCAGUCAGCAGAGAUCACGUCAUUGCACUCUAGCCUGGGCGACAGAGCAAGACUCCAUCUCAAAAAAAAAGAAAAAAUGAUGUAGUGUUUGCAUAUAACCUACAUGUGUGCUCUUGUGUACUUUAACUCAUUUCUAGAUUACUUAUAAUACCUAAUACAAUGUAACUGCUGUGCGAAGAGUUGCUGUAUUGUGUUGUUUAGGAAAUAACAACAACAACAAAACACAA